GUCUCUUCUCGUCUGUGUGCAAUAUCAUCGAAUACGAAGAGAUAUAUAUAAGCUUCUUUCAGUUUUCUUCGGUUCUAAAUUCGCUUCCAGCGCCCUUCGUCUCGGUUUGUUCAUUCAGAUUACACUACUACGUCAAGAUGCAGAUUUUUGUUAAGACUCUUACAGGCAAGACCAUCACCCUUGAGGUUGAAAGCUCCGACACUAUUGACAAUGUCAAGGCCAAAAUCCAAGACAAGGAAGGAAUCCCCCCUGACCAGCAGCGGCUUAUCUUUGCUGGUAAACAACUAGAGGAUGGCCGAACCUUGGCAGAUUACAACAUCCAGAAGGAGUCCACCCUCCAUCUGGUUCUUCGAUUGAGGGGUGGGAUGCAGAUAUUUGUUAAGACCCUUACUGGGAAAACCAUCACACUUGAAGUAGAAAGCUCGGACACCAUUGACAAUGUUAAGGCUAAGAUUCAGGAUAAGGAGGGCAUCCCACCUGACCAACAGAGGCUCAUUUUUGCUGGAAAACAGCUUGAGGAUGGUCGUACCUUGGCUGAUUACAACAUUCAGAAGGAAUCCACCCUCCACCUUGUCCUCAGGCUUCGUGGGGGCAUGCAAAUCUUUGUCAAGACACUAACUGGGAAGACGAUUACUUUGGAAGUGGAGAGCUCUGAUACCAUCGACAAUGUGAAGGCCAAGAUCCAAGACAAGGAGGGAAUACCACCAGAUCAACAGAGGCUUAUCUUUGCAGGGAAGCAGCUGGAGGAUGGAAGGACCCUAGCUGAUUACAAUAUCCAGAAGGAGUCUACUCUUCACUUGGUCCUCCGUCUGCGUGGUGGUAUGCAGAUCUUUGUGAAGACUCUUACAGGGAAAACCAUAACACUGGAGGUGGAGAGCUCUGACACCAUAGACAAUGUGAAAGCCAAGAUCCAGGACAAAGAGGGCAUYCCUCCGGAUCAGCAGAGGCUCAUCUUUGCUGGGAAGCAACUUGAGGAUGGGCGAACGUUGGCGGAUUAUAAUAUUCAGAAGGAAUCAACCCUCCACCUCGUUCUUCGUCUUCGUGGUGGCAUUUGUUGAGGCGUCCUGGACUCUCCUAGUUCCUGGCAUGUCUAUUCUCGCUUCAUUGAUUAGAAAACAAUUUGACUUUACCCUUACAAGUAAAAAAGAUGGGCCAUUGGAUUUAAUUAUCUAUUUACAUGAAUAAGCGAACUAAGCAGCAGCUUCCGGAUGUGAGCCCAGUGCAUCUGUUUUACCCAUGAACUUGGUCUGGUAUGAAUUUUGAAUAGAUUUAACAAAAUUUUCACAAUCAUAAUAUAUUGUUAUAUCAACUAUAUUGGUUGUUGAGUUGAGGAUGCUUCUAGACCACUAGUUAAGGCACGAAGCUCCGCGUCAUAAUUGGUGUCAUUUUUAGUUUGUUAAAAAUGUGAUAAAAUUUUCUUUCGCUGAGUUUAUGUUUUAUCCUCCAUGAAUAGUUCAAGUUUAGUGGAGUGUCAUAGAACUCUGGCAAUUGCCUUUUUCGUCCAUGUUUAAGUGAUUUGGUCGAGCAACUCGUCUGUCUACGAAUCUACGAUAUGUGCUCAUAUUUCAUAGUCAUUUCUGUGGAAAUAACAGUGCAAUCAUGUAAUAUCUAUGUGUAAAUCUCAGAAGUCAGAACUUGCACAUUGUCAAAUACUAUUUUGCUUUCAGGUGUUAAUGAAAAUGAAAAGAUUUAUGAGA